GUUGUAGGAGUCGGGUAGGAUCAACCUGUCUAGGCGGAACAAAAUUUUACAAUCAGUUUAACUAUGGAUAAUGUUUAUCUCUAAACUAGAAGGCUUCGUCGAAAAACUGCUAUCCUGAAUCCCUGACAUAAUUCAUCAGAAGCCCAACAAAAUAACAUUGCACCAUGGCGUACAAAGGAUCCAUAGCGAAACUCAUUUUCCUGAUAUUCAACUGCAUCUUUUGGUUGAUGGGAGUAAUCAUUUUCAUUUUGGGUGUGUAUGUCAAGCUGCGGAAGGAAGCCUAUUUGUACUUAUUACCCUCAAAUGAAGCCAGCGUGGCUGUGUCUCUGGCCAUAGCAGCUGGGAUUAUUGUGUUCACUACAGGCACGAUUGGCUUUCUGGGAAUAUGGAUGAAAAACCAGUGUAUGCUCUUACUGUACUUCGUGCUUGUCUUGGUUAUCUUCUGCCUGGAAAUUGCUGCAGGAAUCAUUGCAGUUAUUUACUGGAACAGGAUAAAUGGAGAUUCUUCAGCUGACAGACUGGAAUGGCAGAAUGAUUUCAUGACUACUCUGAGAGAUCCAUCCAGGAGAGAGUACUGGGACUAUGUGCAAAGAGACUUAAGCUGCUGUGGGGUGACCGAGUAUCGCGAUUGGCACAAUUACGCCAGCACACAGCUUUACUAUGCCGUGCCCGACUCCUGCUGUCAGGUGGAGUACGUUGGGUGUGGUCAGGCAGGGGGCCAGUUAUCAUGGCAAGAGGGAUGUUACACAAAGCUUGAGGAGAAGGUUUUGGCCCAAGACAGCAUUAUAAUGAUAGCAGCAUCAGGCAUAGCACUAGGUGUCUUACAGAUUGCUCUCAUGAUCACGUCAUUGUUAUACCUCAAACAUCUCAGGUCAGACCACAAACUAUUGGAGUAACUGCCCAUUGUCUAAUGCAGGGAGGAUCCUCUGACCAAGACGUGUGUGUCCAUCAUUAGACUGGAAAUUCAUGUAGUCUUUCUCUGAUUACUGAGUUGUAUAUUGGUGGCGUUUAAUUUUAUACAUUGCAAAUACUAUGAAUAAAAGUAUUUUUAAAAAAUAAUUUAAUUUGCAGACUUCUUAUAGACAGAGCAUGACAACCAUGACAACCAUGUGUGUGUCUAGAUGCAGUGCAAAACAAGCCCCAGCAAGUACAGCACAUGUAAUAUGGCAAAAAAAUAUUUUACUGCUAAAAUUGUGGCAUGUUUCAGAUCGGAUUUUAUGCAAAUGGGAGAAGUGAAAUUUAAAGCAAACCUGAUAGCUUUAUCUCUUUUUAUUUUUUACUUUUAGAUUUGUGUAGAUCUUUUCUAAACUUGACAAAUCUUGACAAAGCCUGAGAAAAUUUACCAACAAUGCUGAAAAUAGCUAACCGGUCGAAAGGGUAACUUGCAUUCUAAGUAAUUCUGUGGCAUGAGCUUGUGAAAACCUACAGCACUUCGUUAAACAUGUCUUAUGGUUAUGUCUGUAUAAAUUUUCCAUUUAAUGUGAAAUAUGCAUGGUUUUAUACAGGAAGCCGCAGAUGUCAACAACAAGGAACAACCUGAACCAUAGCAAUGUUUUUGUUCAUAUAUAUAUGUAUGCAUAUAGACUACAUACAUACAACAAGUGUUCCGUGUAAACCAUAAAUAUGUCAGACAUGUGUAUGUAAUGAAUUUUGCCUUACUGAUAUGAUCGCAACAGCGAGCAAAGCUUUUAAUAUCAGAUUAUAGUCUGAUCACAUAUAUGUAGGAUGUACAGGUCAUUUUUUAUUGCCUCCCAUGGUAAAUACAUGUACACAUAUGUACGCUUAAUGGCUAUUUAGAUGGCCAAACACCCCUGAAUUAAAUGUAUUUCCUUUAUCUACACUAAUUUACAUCUUGUACAAUGAUAUUCAUAUGUUAAGACAUAGUACGGUUGCUUGUUAAAUACUGUUAUUGAAGGUUUAUGAAAAACCUCAACAUUUUUGUACAAAUAAUAAAGUUUGUGAAAGCUAGCAUUUA